UGUGUCCCUAGAAGGGACUCUACAGGAAGAUUAACACUGUCCCUCCCUCUGUGAUCUCCAGCCUGCCACAUGGAUGGCUAAUUCACAAACACAGGGUUUUGCUUCUCUAAAUCUCAUUAUAUACCACGUUGUUUGCAGGGUUGUAACAGCUAAAGCGGAGUCUGCCCUGCACCCAAGAAAGGAUUCAUAUGAUCAUUAAUGUUUAUUAUACCUCAAAGGAGAAAAUGCAACACAUUUAGAUUUGAAGAGACUUCAGUAUAUUAAUGUGUCUGGUGCAAACAGCUGAUGGUGGGUACUGAAGGCUCCCCGGCAGUUUGGAAUCUGUAAAUCAGAAUGGAGGGGGACAUUCAGAAUGUGCGUCAACAAAAGCUGGACCACCAGCGAAACCUAUUUGAAAAGAAGCAGAGAAGAAAGCGAGAAGAGCCGCUCAUGUUCCAAGCAAACCCAGAAGCCAUGGCCAAGCCUAAGCGCAAACAGAAGACUGAAGAUCAGACGCCUCUGGUGGAGUCCUGCAGUGUUUCCAGUAUUUAUAUGGGUGCCAACAACCCUUCAAUGUCAGAGGAACAUUUGGGCUCUUCUCCCACUGGGCUUGAAGCUCAGCCAGAUGGCAAUACAAGCAACACCGAUGAACAAGACUACUCCGGUGAAGACAUAGAGGAAACAAUCCUUGAAGACACCCAACCCCUCAAUAAUAAGGAGCAUCCGGUCACAGCCAGACCAAGGCAAAAAAACAAGACAAAGACUGGAAAAUGGGACUUGAAAGAAAGCAAAACAAAGGCACAGACAGCCUCAUGCAAGAGUUCAAAGAAGUCAAAAUCACCUCCUUCUAAAGAUGCCGAGAAGGAAAAUACACCACAGGAGAAAGGUUUGGAUGAUGUAAGUGCUUUCCAUGAUGAGGUACAAGAAAUGCACACUGAUUUGUCCUUCCCUGUACAACACUCAAGCGAAGAGGAAGAAAGCUCAUUUUCUGUUGGGGACCGAAAAAUUCCACCGGCCCCUGUAAAAAAGCGUAAUAAGAAGAAAACGGCAAAGCCAGGGCACUCCAGAACGAAACGCUACGGCAGUGAAGAAAUUGAUGCACGAUUGGCAGAGGAGGAUGACUUUGAUGGAGAGUCAGAUAUUUUGAGUAGUGUUGUUUAUGCAAGACCUGUCUCUGCCUCAAGCAGGGAUGAAGAUACACACUUGACAGCAGCCAUUGAAACAGAUGACCUUGAAGGCUUUGCUUUGCGCCCAGCUCCCCAUAACAUGAUCCUUCAGUGCCGAAUUACCAGGGAUAAAAAAGGAGUGGAUAAAGGCAUCUACCCUACUUACUACCUUCACUUAGAGAGAGAUGAUGGAAAGAAGCUUUUCCUUAUGGCUGGAAGAAAGAGAAAGAAAUGUAAGACCUCAAAUUAUCUCAUCUCUGUGGAUCCCACCGACCUCUCCCGAGAUGGAGACAGCUUCAUUGGAAAAGUCAGGUCAAACAUGCUCGGUACCAAGUUUACCGUAUUUGACAAUGGAGUAAACCCAGAAACAAAGCCCUUUGUACAGGAGAGGGAAUCUCUCAGACAGGAGCUUGUGUCCAUAGGUUAUGAAACAAAUGUGUUGGGCUUCAAAGGUCCCCGGAAAAUGACUGUUAUUAUUCCCAGCAUGAAUAUGGAGGGGGAGAGAGAGUCCAUCCGACCACGGAAUGAACAUGAAACGCUACUUUCUAGAUUUCAAAACGGGAACACGGAAAACAUUAUAGUGCUGUACAACAAGCCACCGUCAUGGAACGAGGAGACCCAGUCAUUUGUGCUAAACUUUCACGGUCGUGUUACUCAGGCAUCAGUGAAGAAUUUCCAGAUUAUAUCUGCUGACGAUCCGGAAUACAUAAUCAUGCAGUUUGGCCGCGUAGCAGAAGAUGUGUUCACCAUGGAUUUCCAAUACCCACUGUGUGCGUUGCAGGCGUUUGCCAUUUGCCUCUCCAGCUUCGACAGCAAACUUGCCUGCGAAUAGAGUGAAUAUAUUAAAUUCGGAGAUGAUCGAUGUGUUUGUGUACCAUUUUUAUUUAAAGUGUGUAAUAUUAUCAUUAUUUCUGCCUUCCUCAGAGGUUUUAUAAAUAAAUCUGUUCUGUUCUUUUUCUCUA